AUGGGAAUUCAAAAUUUCAAUGCAAUUUUCAACAACAUCGACACUGCCUGCAAAGGUUUCAUCACUACAGAGCAGCUUCAUGCCUACUAUGAUGAUAUGGCUUAUGACAACAUCACAUACGACCAAGUUAAAGCAUCAGUUCUCCAUGUCUGUGGUUACCAAGCAGGAGGUCGUAUCUCCAGAGAAUCUUUUCUUGCAGUCUUGGAAGAAAUUUCCCGAAGACAAUCUGUAGAACAGCAAGCCUACUGGGAUUUUCAAGCUUUUGAUUAUGGAGGCUCAAACAGAAUCUCUCUUCUAGAUACGCUUUUGCUUUUUAGAGAGUUCCAUGGGGAAAGGUUCUCAAUGAAAACUUGGUAUGAUUUUAUAGAGUCUCGUGAUGAACCGCCUGGUUCUAAUGUAUAUUUUGAUGAAAUUCGUAUGUGGCUGUGUUGUUAUCCAUCUGGUGAUCCAGCAUCAGAAGAAACCAUUGUAAAGGAAGAAGAACGACUUCAUCGCCAGCAGGAACAACAUGAACUCAACAACAUUGAUGACCUCAAAAAGAUGAUGAGCAACACUGAAACCUUGGAUGAUUACAGGGAUUCUGUCAAUUACAAUGUCAAACGCAAACUUAACAAGUGGAAGAGGAAUGGACUUGAGGCCAUGUUGAAUGAUGAUGGUUUAGAGGCAGAUGAAACUAUGGAGGAAAGACAUCCUAAAGAUCAUGUGACCAGAAAUGAUCUGAUUGAGGCAAUGGAGGUCAAAUAUGAGAUGUUGAGAGAUAAACUCCUGUAUGAAAUGGCAUCUUUGUCUUCAGCCAUUGAUGGUGACCAGCCUGAAAUAUUUCAACAGCUAUGUUCCCAAGAACGACAACUCAGGAGGGAAGGUCAUUUAGAAGAGCAGAUUAACACACUACCUGGGUCCAAGGUCACAUUAAGUGCUACUCUAACAGGCUUAAUGGGAGAGGUCAGGAUGGAAAACGAUAAACAAAAGAUGAAGAUGAAUGAAAUGAGGACAAAUUUGAAAGGCCAAGGCAUUUCAGAUCAGGAAAUUGAUGUAGCCAUUCAGACAGAGUAUCAGAAAGUAAUUCAAGGAGACACAACAUGUGGAGCAACACUAAUUAACCUACAAAAACGGUAUAAGGAGGAAAAGGAUGCAGUCUUCACCUGGCUGAGAUCUACCGCUGGACUGUCAAGUUCCUCUAUAACCAUGGAGUACAAUCGGUUGUCACGGCAACAUUUGUUACUUGGAGAGGAGGGAAAAUUUGUUGGGGCUUCUAUAGCUGUAGGUUUGGCUGAACGUCCACAACAGUAUAAAACAAACAGUGCGACUGACUGGGACCGUAGCAGAGCAGAGAGGCUGGCCCAGUUACGCUUGUCAGCAAAGAAGGGCCACAAACAACUGAGAACUGGACGAGACUUAAUGGACUUGGACCAGGCUGUAUCUAGUGGGGCGAUUGGCAUUCAAAGGGAGAUAAUCACAGAAAUUGUCAAGAAACAUUCAUAUGAAAGAGAGGCACUGAUCUACAUGCUGCAAGGACGUGACAGUGCUGUAUACAAGGCCAACGCCAAACGUCUGAAUGUAGAACAGAGGGCCAAGCGCCUAAAGACACUCCGUAACCAACACAAAAGUUGGCAGGACAAUAAAAAUAGUGAUGUAGCUGUGCUGGAGAAAAUUCUUCAGGAAGCUGUUGGGCUGUGCUAUGAGAGUCGACUUGAACAAAUGCGUCUAGAAAAUUACAAAUUGUCUGAGGGGGAAGUCAAUGAGUGUAUUCUUGGAGACCUGGAACAGCAGCAGGAAGUGGAAGUGGAGAUGAGGCUCACAGACAUCAGAGGGAAAGCUGAGUCAUCUGAAGCUUUGGUGUUAAUCUUAGCUAAGGAAAACAAAGCACGAGUGCUGGAACAUUUUGACAAUGUAGCAUUUGUGAUCUUGGGUAAAGUAGAGGUACGAGAAGAUGACAAAGAUUACCUGUCAGCUUUGGAGAAAAAAUACAAUGCAAUACGAGAAAAAAUAUUCAACAUGGCAUUGAGAGACCAACAUGGCAGUGAGUGGAAAAGACUUGCAGAUGAUAAAAAAAAGGAAGCACUGAAACAGAAGAGGAAAGAAGAGAAAAGAUUGAGAGGAGAGGGAAUGUUUGAUGAAAUGGAAUCUCUGAUUGGCCCCAAAAGCAAGACUCUACCUUCAUUGCGAAAAAUGGUGGGAGAAGACAAACCUGAAUUUGAGGUGAGGUUUGCAAGACAGAAAACCACAGGCAAGAUUCAAGAUGAAGUUCCAGCAGAGCAUGUUAUCCAUACAAAUCAUCUUGCUGAUUUGAUCCCACGAUAUGAUGGUGAAGAGGAGGCAAUGUUGUCAUGGUUACAUGCUGAUGAAACGAGCAAAAUUCCCAAAAAGAUCCAGAGACUGCGAAUCCUAAGACUGAAACUUGAAGAAUUCCUGGUGAAGAUGGAGAAUAAAUUUGAAGUGGCAGCUCUUUUUCUGGGACUGUUUGAGAGAAUUGAGGCUUCACUUCAUGGAAGACAUGUAAGUGACAAUGAGAGGCAGAAGCAUUUAGCCACCAAACGUGUACAGAUACGACAACAACGUCUUCUUCAUCAGGAGCCUUACAAGAAAUACAGGGAGACAUCAGGCAAGCCUAAUGCUGGUGACAUGGGCGGCUGGCAGGUGGCAUACUUGUCAGAAGUGAUGCUGCGCCAUAGUGAGGAGAGAGAGCAGCUGCUGCAAUUUCUCCAGGACGAGGGACUAGAAGAUCUAACAGAAGCUGCUUCACAAAUCUCUGAUGAAGAUAAAAAAAGUAGACUGGCUGAACUUCACAGCAAACGUAGAAAGCUCAACCUUGAGAACUCAGAUGACAAAGAGGAGUAUAUAUGUGUCCUGGAAGAAGCAGUGGCUAUACGGGCAGUAUGCAAAAAAUCUGAAAUGGAACAGUUGUCAAGGAAACAGGUAUCCAUGGAAGAAGUAACUGUGAGCUUGUUGACCGAACUCCAAGAGGAACAGGACCGGGAACUAGCCACAUUGUUGGGAAUGAUAGGGAGGCUGGAAGAAGCUGAUUUAAAAAAAAAACAUGAGAGUGAGGAAACGCAGAGAAAACAAGGAUCGUUUGGCAAUGUGUUUGUUGUCCUAACACAGAGUGAGGGCAAGGCACAUGAAACUGAACUUGUCAAGGCUCUGGAGGCUAAAUACAAUCAGCUUCAAGAAUGUGUCCUUUUGGAAUGUCUGGUCCAAAGAUCAGGGAGGACCAACUGGGAAAAAAUGUCAGAGAGAGAAAAACAACAGAAGCAGAUAACGUUGAGACAGGAAGUCAACAGUUACAGGGCUACAGGUAACACUGUUGGAAUGUGGGAAGCUUUAGGAAACAUUACAUCAAGGGAGACAAUCCUGGCUCUAAUGGGGAUGAUGAGAAAUGAGUUUGCUGUUGCUAUUAGCAACCUUGAAGAUCCAGAUGUUGACCAAGUUAUUGAGAAAAGUUAUGAAGAAGAGAAAUGUAACCCACUGAUUGACAUAUGGCAGAGGUUUGAGGAUGAGAAGUCGAGCUUGUUGCAAGCUCUGAAAGGAACACUGGAGGAAUAUAUGGAGGAGAAAAAUCAGGAACUACAUUUAGUGAGACUUCAUAGAGAAUAUCUACUUGGUUGCCGUGACAACAACUUUUCUUUUGCUGCCAUCUUGGUAGGCUUGUCUGAGAGACAGAGUCCAAAUGGAAAACCAAGGCUGACUGGGGAUAAGGGCCGCUAUGAUAGACUGGCAGAAAUGCAGAUGGAAGCUCUGUCUUCAGGUCAGAAAAGGUCACCAGAACAGAAAGACGAAAUCAUCAAAAGCACUGUGAAGGUGUCACAAAUGGACAAUGUGAUGCAGAUGCUGGAAAGAAAACAUAGAGAUGAACAUAGUUUCUUUCACCGUCUAUUAAUUGAGAAUGCUAACAGAGAACUUCUGGAGGAAGUGAUCGUCUUGUCUCAGCAGCAGCGUAAGGAGAGACUGUCUCAGUUGUUGGUCAAGAGAGAAGCUACACCACUGGAUCAACAGAAGGAACACUGGUAUCUAUUCCUGGAAGCUGUGGUGGUAAAGCGUGAACUUUGUCGGGAGAGAUUAACAGGUGAUCAAAAAGAGGAAGUGAAUGAUGACAUCAUUAACCAGGCUCUGUUUUCUGACCUCCUGUCUCAACAGAACAGGGAAUCCGAGCAACUUUUCCAACAGAUGGCUGACAUGACCUGGGAGGAAUUAAACACAUUGCAGUCAGAUGUUAUACAAUCCAGAAGAGUCAACGCUGCUGAAAAUGUUGCAGUUGUGGUUUUCUCCCCUGAAUCCACAGAUGGCAGCAGUGACACAGAACUACUUGAAGCUCUUGAUGGGAAAUUUGAUGCCCUGAGGGACAAACUUUUGGCUGAAGCUCUCAUAAAACAACUUGGCGAGGCUGAUUGGAAGCUGAUGUCUGAGAAAGAAAGGCAAAAGAAGCUCAUGGAACUCAAACUUAAGGAAAGACAACUCAGACGAGAUGGAAAAUUUGAUGAAUUGGCAAGGAUACUUGGAGAUGCAUUUGAAGACCAGGAGCUGUUAAAAAAGCUGAUGGGAGAAUCGAAGGAAGAACAAGAGAGAAAGAUGAGAGAGCGACUGGAGAAGCGGAGACAAAGGAAAGCUCAAGGUCUGUCUGAUGAGGAAUGUGAUCGACUAGAGCAACAGGAUAUAGAGAAGGAAGAAGUAGAGGAGAGGAAACGUAGACGCAAUAUUCUGGGUGACCUUCAGCAUGCAUAUGAACAUGAGAAGGAUGAGUUACUCAGGCGGCUCAGAGAGGGAGAGGAUAAGUUCUCAAAGGAAAGAGAACGUCAACUACAGUUAAUGAGACUGAAACGUGAUGAGCGCAGGGCUCGCCAGGAGGACAAGUUUGACUCUGCUGCUUUAGUAAUAGGCAUGGCCAAAGAGCGGGAUGACAAAAUGAAAGAGGAUAUGGAGGAGGAGAGGAAGAGACAGAUGCGACUUGCAAGAGAGAGACUGGAGGCAGCACGACGUAGGAAAGCAGCUGGACAGACGCAAGAUGACGAUAAAGAGCCUGAAAUUAAUAUUGAAACAGAGGACAAGAUAGUAUUACGAGAGGCAGUAACUAUGGCGGUGGACAAACGCCAUCAGAAGGAGAGACAGCUCCUUAUCCAGGUUCUUGAUGAGAGCUCCAACAGUUCACUGAAGGAAAAGAUACGCAAUAUGUCAGAAGAACAAAGGAAAGACAAACUAGCAGAGCUUCAAGAACUACGAAAACUUUGGAGGGAUGGGGACGUAAAGGAUCAAGAGGAACAACUAGAAAUAUUUAGGGAAGCUGCUUGUAUUGAGAUGGAAAGUCUGAUAGAAAAGAUGAGGUCAGAAGGUCAUGACCUUUCUGAAGAUGAUGUUAAAGUUCACAUUCUCUCCAAUCUCCAGCAACAACAGGACAGUGAGAGUCGCCUCCUCUUGGCAGAUAUUCAGAAUAAGGACCCAAAGACUUUACAACAAAUUGUUCAAGUACAAAGGAUGCUGCAAGAGGAAGGUUGGAAUGACAAUGUAGCCUUUGUACUUCUGGGAAAAUCUCAGAGAGAGGUUGAAAACGAGACUGAAGCUGAUGAAGACCCAGACAAACAACUGGUUGAUGCUCUGGAGCAGAAAUAUGACGCACUGAGAGAAAAACUACUUGAGGCUGCUCUGAUCAAAGGGAUGGGUGAGGAUGAAUGGAACAGGCUAAGUGAUAAGGAGAAACAAAAGAAACUAAUAGAACUGAAGCUGAAAGAGAGAAAACUGCGGGAGGAUGGUAAUCUGACUGAAGCAAACCAGCUGUAUGGAGAUCUCACAGAAAACAAUGAAAUUUUGGAAUCACUUCUUGUGGAGGAUGAGAGGGAUGAAGAACAGAAAAUGAAAGACAUGUUGGAAAGAAAGGAAGAACUUAGAAAGGAGAGAGAGGAUCAGGGAUUGUCAACUGACGAUGACACACUAAACCAGAUUGUACAAGAAGAGGAGGAGGAAAAAACAAAGCAGCGAAGAAGGAAUGUGCUAGAAAACCUGCAGACAAUGUUUGAUGAUGAGAAAGAUGCUUUGAUGAGGUCGCUACAGAAUCAGAACGAUAGAAUUGCUCAGGAGAGAGAGCGGCAGCUGGCUGUUGCUAAGUUACGGCGGGACAAGAAUCGUAUGAAACAGGAAGAAAAAUUGGACUCUGUAGCACUGAUAUUCUCAAUGGCACAUGAAGCGGAGGAAAAGCAGAAACAGAAUAUCGAGGCAGAAAGACAGAGGAUGAGAGCUCUGGCAAAGGAGAGGUUGGAAGCCAGGAAGAGGAAGAAGUUAGAUAAAAAGGACAAGGAGAAUUUAGAGGAGAGGUUAAAGGCUGAUGAUGAGGCUGCUGGAAUACAGGAGCUGACUCAAGAUGCCAAGGAUCAGAAUGUGAUUGCAGGUUUAACAAAGAGAGCAGAUGGCAGUGCUACUCAGGGAGCUAUCUUAGAUUUCAUGGACAAACGGCAGAGUGAGGAGAGAGAUUUACUAAUGGAGCUCUUCACUUUGGCUAAAAGUGAUACUACAGCAUGCAAACAAGCUUCUACCAUGUCUCCGGAGGACUUGAAAAUGGAUCUUUCGAAACUGGAACAGGAGCGAAGUAAAUGGCGUGAGAAAUCUCAGACAGUUGCCCUGGGAUUUGAUGAGACAAUAGUAAACAAAGCUGUAUGGGACAAGUACUACAAACAGGUAGCCGAGAGUCGACGAGAACAGACACGUAUCCUAACACAAGCAAUGGUACAGAGACUUGAACUGGAGGAGCGUAACCUGAGGACCAACAGACCAGAUAUGACUGAAGCAAGCAUUCGAGAAGAACUCAGUGUGUCCUUGUUGGCUGAUCUACAGGAAAAACAGGCUACAGAGAGCAAGGCAAUACAGUCUCUUAUACAGAAACAGGACUCUGAUGGCCUCCAGCGUCUUAAGCGAGUUCAGCGCACAUCCCGGCGUGAAGGAUGGUAUGACAGUUUGACGGCCACGUUGUUCCAAAUGUCCGGAGCAGAUGGUGACAAAGCUGCACUUGCAACAUUUGACAAGAUGAAAGCAGAAAUGGAGCAGGAGCUUGAGAAGGAGAAAGAGGCCUUCAUUGAAAACGCCAAGAAGAAAGGAAGUGAUAUUGAUAUAGAUGCUGCUUUGAAGGAGCUAGAAAGGCAACAGAGAGCUAAGAGAAAGGCCAUGAAUGAGUCUUUCAACCAGCAGCAAAAAUCACUUUUGGAAAGGAUUGCUGCCAGGAAACUUCAGGCCAUGAACAAGGAAGGAGAAGAGAUAGCAGCAGCUCAGUUGAUUCUCCUUUCACAGGACCAGCAGAAGGCUGAGGCGGAGAGGAUUAAGUCAGCGAAAGGCAAACAGAGCAACCUGCUGCAGGAGAGACUGGAGGCGAGACGUCUGGAGAGAAAGAGGAAGGCAGAAGAGGCAAAGGAGGCAGAGCGACCGCCAUCUACACCCUCCAGUACAACCUCAUCUCGACCUGCCACAGUCGACUCCAAAGUUAUGCCACCUCCAUUCCGGAUGACCAGAGAGAAAACUGUGGUAGAUGUUAAUGUUACGGAUGAAGAAAAGAAUGCUGUUGUUUCCAAACUUGUUCGGGAGCAGACUAGCCUGCACAAAAAGAUUACAGACACUCAGAAACAGCAGGAGGAAAUGCUCCAGAGACGUCUUGAACACAGAAAAGGAAAACGACAAGAAGAGGCUCAGCAAUUAUUUGAAAUUGGAGAAAGAAAUAAAUCAACAUACCAGAAAAGUAAAGAGGAUGAGAAAACUCGUCAGAUGGAGUUGUUGAAGCAGAGGGUACAGGCACGUAGGGAACGAUCUCGCAGUCCAAACCCAAUAGCAGAGUCCCCGAUAGGGGGUAUAGACGCCCCUAAACAUCACGCAGAUAUAAUUUUAGACCUCUUUAAGAAUACCUCAGCUUCUAAGGACAAAUCAAAGAAACUGAAAUAGACCACCAGAUGGAAUCAUGACAAGAAAAUCUGAACCACUUGAGGAAACCCAGACAUACAAUAUUGCCAUAACACGUGCCUCAAGGAGCCUUUUUAUUAGUGGAAACUUUGGCAUUGCCUUAAUUAAUUGUGUUUGUGUGUUAGUUAUUUGACUGUUGUUCAUUAGAUCUAAUGGAAGGUACUUGUAUCAGGAGACAUGGAUACUAAAUAUCAUAACUUCCUAUUUGUGGUUGUAUUGUUAAAA